AUGUCUCAAAGGGAUACCGCGAUACAUCUUGUAGCUGGAGGGGUUGCAGGUACUGCUGGGGCAGUAGUGACAUGUCCCCUAGAAGUAGUAAAAACUAGGCUUCAAUCUUCAAAAGGUGUGGGUAUCCCACCUCCACCACCAUCAGACGCAGCUAAUUCAAAACGUGUUUGUUCCAAGAUUCCUAAACAUCAGGAGGCCAAAUGGGGCUACAGACGUACGAUGGGCGCAAUGUUCGCCUACAGCAAGCAAGCCGAUCGAAUGCUGAUGUCCUACAAUUAUCAGGUGCAGCAGUGCGCGAGGGCUGGCCACGCGCGGACUGCAUCGAGGAUGACGCUCAUACAGUGCUUAAGGCAUAUUGUUCAAAAUGAAGGUGCUCGGGCGCUUUUCAAAGGACUAGGACCGAACAUAGUGGGCGUGGCGCCAUCGAGAGCUAUCUACUUCUGCACAUACUCACAGGCGAAGGCGAUAUUUAAUCAACACCUACCACCGGACACGCCGAUAGUUCAUUUGUCCGCGGCCAGUGCGGCAGGAUUCAUGUCGUGCACGAUGACUAACCCCAUUUGGUUCGUCAAGACGCGGCUGCAGCUCGACGGGCAAAACAUAACGGCGUGGGAAUGUAUUAAGAGGAUAUACACUAAAACGGGAAUAAGGGGGUUUUAUAAGGGUAUUACAGCAUCGUAUAUGGGCAUCAGUGAGACGGUGGUCCACUUUGUGCUAUACGAGGGUGUGAAGGCCCGGCUCAUGGCGGCGCGCACCCUGGACGGUGUGCCCUCUGACCAGAGGUCUCCGAGAGACUUCCUAGAGUUUAUGGCGGCUGGUGCCUUCUCUAAGACCGUUGCCUCUUGUAUUGCUUAUCCACAUGAGGUAGCGAGAACGCGGCUAAGAGAAGAAGGCGAUAAAUAUAGAAAGUUCUGGCAAACUCUACACACUGUGUGGAUGGAAGAAGGAUAUCGCGGGGUUUAUAGGGGUCUCGGAACACAACUGGUCCGCCAAAUUCCAAACACAGCGAUCAUGAUGUCCACAUACGAGGCAGUAGUGUACCUCCUCACCACACAUUGCAAUAGCUCCUUCUAUGAGAACACU